UUGCAUUUUCUUUGUUGUGACACUUGACUCCUUUUGCUGGUUUGUGGUCGCAAAACGUGUCAUCAGUAUGUUUUCAAGAGGUACAAAAGAAAUGGCAUGCGCUGUUCUUUAGAUGCACGCUGUGAUUUUACAUGAGACUUAAGAGAUGUAAAAUAUCUUUUUAAUCUGUUUACCACAUUCUUUGAUAAUGCCAGUCAUGGCUGAUAUUCACAUAGCUACAUGGACUGCAUUCUUAAUGGCAUGUGACGCCUAAGCUCUCCUCUUAAGUGUUUAUCCACUCUCAUUCUUCUGCCGGAGUGACCAGCACCUGUUUAAAAUGAUUCAGACACCCUUGACCAUCUUACAAAAUGCUGCUCAGUCAAGAUCUGUUUGCACUUACACAAGUUUAUCACUUCAGCUCGAGUUGCAAGCAAAAUGUAACAUGUUAACAACUCGGUGUAAAAUCUAUCUGCUGUCACUUGAACCGGCAGAUCUGCCAGAAUAUUGUGGCCAGACACUGAGGUUUACAAAAAGUGAAAACCACACCACUGCAGGCUUGAAAUAAGAAGAUAUUAUUGGCAUCUUGAGAUGAAAUAAAUUACAGACAGGGUUUUUAAAAAUAGAUUUGUAAACCCUUUUUAGCUGGAGCUCACUGUCAAGCUGUGAUGAAAGCAAGAAUGCACAAGGCUAAAGGUUACUCGUGAUUUAUGUUGUCUCACUGCAGUAGCAGAAGCAGAGUUUGUUUGUGUCUCAGUGGAUUUUCAGCUCUUACUAGUGCUACAUGCCAUUUCCUUUAGAUGUCGUCCAGUCAGUGCGUGCACCUCGGCUGUCACUCUGGAUGCUAACUCUUGCAGUGGAAAUGCUAUUUCACACAUUUGAUCAGAUUUGAAAAUAGCAUCCUCUCACCAUGCAUCAGCACGCAGCUUCUUUUUACCACAGUGUGCUCUUUCUGAGCACAUCGCCGGGCUAUUUCUUUUGUACAAUGAUUAGCAAAAGUCACAAGUUGACACAAAUUCACAAUGAGGUUUUUGGAACAGUUGAAGGAAAACACAAAAAAGAUUUUUUGCAGAGGAAGCACUGAGCUCAUUUCCGUGCAGAACUGACAUUUUAGGGCAGGAACUAGCAAUGUCCUGUGGAAUCACGCCUGCAACCCUUAACCUCGUUGGUGAAAUAUGCGUACAGCUGCAGGGAGGAAGUUUCAGAGAGUACAUGUAAGCGUUUCCUGUCAAGGUGUGCUUAUGCUUCCUUAGCUUGUGUGGGGGUGUGACUGAGUUUGGUCGAAGGGUUUUCUCGGUCUAGCCUGUGAUGAGAGAGAGUGGGACAAUGUGUCAUUGUUAUUAUUAAAUAAAAUUAGCAUUCAGAUGUCAUACUUUAAGUUAGUGCACAGAAGAUCAGAUGGUUGAUGGGGAUAUUGUGUGGCUAUUUCCAGACACGACAUGACUGCAUUGCACUAAAUCAGCUUAUUUUUGUGUACCCAGCAUGCUUUUAGCCUAAACAUUUUCAGACUGAACGAGUGGCCUCCAUGGAGACCAGAAAAUACACAGGAUCCCUGAUUAUGAAUUAGGUGAUGCCAAUUUGUAUUGAAUUUAGAAUUUUAAUGUGGCUUUUGUUGACAUGCUGGCGGCUCUCCUCUCAACCUCAAUGUGGGAAGUUGUGUUGAAAGAUCUCCUGCGCACUACAAAGUGAUACCCAUCUCUCUUAAACCCCUGCAUCUCGUAUGAAUAAAGGGUGCUCUGCAUCCUUCCUCGGGGCCACCAACAGAUGCAUCCUGCAGCUGCAAGCUCCUUCCUGUCUGCGCUCAGACCCUUUUGUCUGAAGACAUUGCUACAGCAAAGUUGGGACACCGGCUGAAUUUAAAUGGGGCUGUCCUGAAUGGAGCAGUACUGAUAGGCUGGCAGUAGCUUCUGGUUUCCAUGGUCAUAAGCCCACUAUGCUGUCUUUGAAUUUAAAUAUUAGUGCCGCUGGUUAACUUUCACCAGCUGAUCACAGCUUUGUUGGCAGAUUCCUACACAAACACAGAAAGCUGAAUUCAAGAUUAUUGUUUUUGUUUGUGUGUGCAUUUACUUAUUUCAUUGAAUUCCACUUAUCUUUCAUCGGACCCGCACACAGUGCAGCAUCAGUGCAGUGCUUCAGUGUGUGUGCAGUACUACUCUGGUUGAUGUGUGGGAUAAACAGCCUCUCUAAUGAGUUGCCUUGAUUGGCUUGCCAGUAGGAUGUUUAUGACUGAGGGCUAUUUCUACACAGGCCUCCACCCCGGCUGCCCGCCUGGGGGCGGAGACCAGGUCUGCCCAUGCUGAAAUUAGUGCAGUUGAAGAGCUGCUAUUGCGUCUAGCAAGAACGUCUGUAUCAAAGUGCGUGCACCGUGGUCUUGCAGCAGUGGUGACAGGCUGCAAAGUAAGAGAGCAGAGCCUACAGUGUGACCAUUUCCUUGCUGAAAAGUCAAAGCAACGUAUCACGUAUCCUCAAUUAUCAGAUGUUUCGCAAACAACCACAUCACAUAUGCGAUAAGAUUUAGGAAGUUCUAGUGCGUGGCUGAAUAUAAUGUGAGAAUCAGUUUUCAGUGUUUUAUGGCCUUCCACUAAACCACAGAGCCAUACAUAACUGUGGUGGUGGGUAAAAGAAACCUACUGAUUAAAUGCCCUUAAAGGGACAGAGAUCGAAAUUAGUCUGUUUCUACCCGUUACUUUAAGAGAAGAACAAAGCAAAACUCGUUAAGGUGAAGGGUUUGCCUUAAAAGUGUUAAAAAGACCUCUCUUAAUGACACCUUUGCUUGUUCACACUAAUCUGCAGCAGGCCUGCAAAAUGUGCUUCAUUUUUCAUCGUGUGUCGUUAUUUUGGAAUCAGAUCCAUGUGAUGUCCAAACCAUCAGCAUUCGGAGUGCUGGCUAUGUCUUUCUACUACUGUCAAUUUGGCUCUUUUACUAUCUCUCCCAAUGGCUUAAAUGCGCAGCAACAAAGCCACCCCCCUUUCCGUCUUCGUAGCUUGUAUACAGAAUAGUGGGGUGGCAUGAUGCCACAGUAUUCCUAGCUUGAAUGCUCUGUAAAAAAAUGGGCAUAUCUUACAUGGAUAAUCCAAAACUGGCAACACUUUUAUAUCUGCUACAUCUUGUGGUAUACUUGGGCGUACAAUGUUUACCACAGCUUGUUUCUGUAUCAUUUAUGUAGCCUACACGUCGAAUUUGCAAGUAUAGAUUGGUUCAUGCCACCCUUAUUCAUUAAAAAUAAAAGUUUCAAAGGAAAGAGAAGAAAUAUUGCAAUUUCCUGCUAACAUAAGCAAAAAUUAUGAGAUAAAAGCAGAAGUUAAAAAGCUUUGAAAAAAAAUGAAAAUAUUUCUGUGGAUCCGCUUCUGUCAAGUGAAUAAUAAAGUUAUCAUUUCAUGUGUUGUCCGUUGGAAAGAGUCAGCUGUGUGUUAUCUUUGUGCAUAGCCUGCCCAUGUGAAAGAAAGCUAAGCGUUAGCCAUCUGGCUGCCAGAUGUAUUGCUACUUCCCCUGGUCUCCUCCGUUGAGACUCCAGUCUCCUGCAUGAAUCUAUUCCCCAACAUCAGUCAGGAGACGGAGCAAAGACGAGGAGUACGUUGUCUGAAAAGUAUAACUUCUGAAGUUUUGCCUGAAUGCCAAGCAGCCUGGCACUUUGAACUCCCACAAGGGGUGUUUCCCUCCGACUGGGGGUGGGUGAGUGGAUUCAAAGAAGGAAGAUUUCUUUUUUUGGAUGUGAUGCCAAGUUCUCACACUCCUUUGGACCAUGGCAGAAAGAAAGCAGCAAAGAAAGGGCUCUGGAAGCACAGAUUGCACUUCAUCUCAUGCCAGCUUGUGGAGCAUGGGUACAACUGCCAGUGCCGCACCACAGCCCGUUUCUGUUGCGUCGCCGCUUGAGAGUGUCCAUGGCAACGCGAUGGCUGACAGCAAGCAGUCUCUUUGCAUGAGCCCCUUCCAGACAGUCAACAUCCACAACAACAAGGCCAAGUCCAUCAUCACCAACAAAGUUGCACCUGUCGUCAUCACAUAUAAUUGCAGACAGGAAUUUCAGAUUCACGACGACAUCCUCAAGACCAACUACAAAGUCGGUCGGAUAUCAGACACUCUGCCCGAGCACUACCUCGUGCAGGGGGAGUACUUCAUGGUCCAGGAUGUCUACAGCAAAGCUGAUGUCCUAAACACCACGGGCAGUUAUGGGGCGCCCAACUUCCGCCAAGUGAAAGGAUCCUACCCCCUGUAUGGCAUGGGUCAGCCCAGCUUGACUGGGUUCAAGCAGGUUCUCCAGAGACUCCAGGCGCAAGGACAAGAGGAGGUUAUAUUCGUCUGUGUAAGAGAGGAGCCCGUUGUUUUCCUGCACAAGGACAAUGACUUUGUGCCAUAUACCCCGAGGAGGAAGGAAAAUCUACAUGAGAACCUUCAUGACCUGGAAAAAGAGGAGAGGGUGGAAAGCCUGGAGCUCACCAUCAGAAAGGAGCUCCAUGACUUCGCCAAGCUCAACGAAAACGUCUUCUACGUCUACAAUGACAUCGAGUUCUUUAAAGACGAGCCGCAGAAGAUAUCUAUCACGUGCGAGGAGGACAUCCAUGUGACCGAAGAGGUCUACAAGAGGCCGAUGUUCACUAUGCCGGCCUACAGGUACUACAGACUGCCACUGCCCACAGAAGGAGCACCAUUGGAAGAAGACUUUGAUGCAUUUGUUAACAUACUCAGGGAGAGCCCAAGCUUGUCUCUGGGCCCUGGUGCAUCCCAGAAGCUGCCUGCUCUGCUGUUCAGUUGCCAGGUGGGCGUUGGACGCACCAACCUAGCCAUGAUCCUGGGCACGCUUGUCAUGAAUCGCCUCAGGGGUGAUUCACAGCCUCCACCCCAAGUUGAGGAGCCAGCUGCUUCAGAACCCAGACCACUGUUCCAGGUGAUCCAGUCUCUGAUCAACAAGCUGCCUAAUGGACAGCAGGUCAUGGAAGAGGUCGACCAGGCGAUUGCCCUGUGUUCAGAAAUGCACAACAUAAAAGAAGCAAUAUAUGAGAACAAGAGUAAGCUGGAGGGAAUUGGUGAAGAUUAUCAAAUUCAGGGAAGCAGUACCAAAGACUACUUUCUCAACAGAACAAUGCAGAGCUUGGAGCGAUACUUCUACUUGAUUGCAUUCAAUGCAUACCUUCAUGAGCAGUAUCCUCUUGCCUUUGUGUCGAACUUCAGCCAGUGGAUGUGCUGCCAUGCUUGGCUGUACAGGUUACUGGCCUGCAUGGAUCUAUCAGAGCUGUCCGCUCCGGCAGAGCUGGUCACUAAAGGAGCCCGAGUGCUGGUUGCUGAUGAGUACUUGGCUCCUGACGUGCUCAGCACAGUAAAAGAGAUGAAGGCGGUUAACUUCAGACGAGUGCCCAAGAUGCCUGUUUAUGGAGUGGCUCAGCCAACAUCUGAGGCUACUGGAGCUGUUUUGGCCCAUCUGACGGAUGAAAAGAGGAAGCACACCCACGUGCUGUGGGUCAACCUACAGGAAGAGCUGGUGUUAGAAGGAAAUGGCCAGAUUUUUGCUGUGAGGGAACCCACGUGUCUGGACCAACACAUCUCCAUCCCCUCAUCUGACCCAGAGCUGCUAGAGAAACUGGAAACAUCCCUAAAGGAGGAGAUUCUGCAAGCGCAGAAGUGGCUGGAGGUGAUCCUUGAGCAGGAGAAACAGAUGAAGAUGUUUAAAACCUGCCUGACUGUUCAGGAGAUCUUCAACCAGCACAAAAGCUCUCACCAGGGCCUUGUCUGCAAACGCAUCCCUCUGCCAGACUGCAGCGCACCCAGAGAGGAGGACUUUGAUAAGCUACUGGAGGGCAUGAAGAGCUCCUUGGCCGAGGAUUCCCACUCAGCGUUUGUUUUUAACUGCUCCAAUGGCAAAGGCAGGACCACAACCGCUAUGGUCGUCGCCGUUCUGACUCUCUGGCACUUUAAUGGUUUUCCUGAGUUUGCUGAAGAUGAGAUUGUGAGUGUUCCUGAUGCUAAGUACACAAAAGGAGAAUUUGAGAUUGUAAUGCAGCUGGUGCGUCUGCUCCCUGAUGGCCACAGGAUGAAGCGGGAGGUGGACAUGGCCCUGGACACUGUCAGCGAGACUAUGACUCCCAUGCACUACCAUCUGAGAGAGAUCAUCAUCUGCACUUACAGACAGAUCAAAAGUGGUAAGACAGAGAAGGAGUGUCAGCAGCUUCUCCUGAAAAGCCUGCAGUACCUGGAGCGCUACAUUUACCUCAUCCUCUUCAACACAUACCUGCAUCUAGAGAAGAAGGACUCGUGGCAGCGCUCUUUCACACUUUGGAUGGAACAGGUGGCUGCCAGAGCCGGAGUUUAUGACAUCCUCAACCAGCUGGGCUUCUCUGAGUUUGAAAACCCGAGGGACACGCCACUGGCCAGGCUGCGCUGCCGCUGGCAACAGCAAAACAUUCUGUCACUUCCUUUCCGCGGGGAGUUCAUCUGAGAGGGGAUCACUGUGAAUACGCCAAAACAGUACUGUGCUUUUCAGAAUAAAAGACAUUUCCAAUAACAUAGUUAUGCCUUCUGUAUUUACCCUUAUUUUCUGUAUAUCUUCACAACACCUGUUGUUUAAUGUUACUGCUUUUUUCCUUUUUUUCUCACUUGUGAUGUUAACAGUUUUUAGCUUUAAAUCUCAGCAAGAUUCUGCUUCUGUAUUGGAAGUUGUGCCUUUACAUCAGUGAAUUUAUUAAUGUACUAAUUUGUACAUGUUUAGGUUAUUUUUUUCUUAAAAUCCCAGUAAAAUUAUGCUCACUUGCGACAGCUCUUUGAAACUUCAGCCGGAACUAGAGUUACAGUAAAUGUUGUUAUGGAGGAGGAGAUCAGAAAAUUCCAACAAUUUAUGUCACUGUGCAUCUGUUCCACUUUUUCAGAAGAGUCCCUAUGUACAUAUGGAAGCUGUCAGUAUUUAAAUAACUGUGCUGUUGAGUUUUCCAAACGUUAUUUGAUAAGAGGAUUUUGAGCGUUGCAAAGAUGCUAAAAUAUGACAGCACUUAUAUGUUCCUCUGUUGUACCUGAUUUUUGUUUUUGUUUUUUUACGUUUGAUUAUAUCUGUCAUGAUACAGGUACUAACAUUUUUAUGUGUUACAUUUGACUCUGAAGCGCUCUGUGUUUUUUUUUGUUUUUAAACUUUGUUUAAAGCUAUAAAAUUACUUCUGUCAUGUGAUGUGAUUCUGCAUUCUUCCUUCUUGUCAAAACAUGGUCCACAUACAUAUUACCAAUAAUGCAAAUUCGCCUUCCUACACAGCCUCAAGCUGCUCACCUGCAGCUUGAUGCAAUAGAAGUCCGCAAAGCUUUAAAGCACCUUUGAUGUGUACAUUUGGAGGCGUUACUUUUAUACCACCUUGGCUUGGGGAGCUUAAAUUUAUGGAUGGAAACAGCAUCUGCAGAUAUUUGGUGUGACUUGGAUUUUUUUUUUUUUUAAAUACACUUAGUGUUUAUUGAUGUGGAUAAAUACACCGUUCCAUAACUGCAGCUGAUGUUCAUUUCUUCAGUGGAAGGAAACAGCUGCAUGAUUCACUGUUUAGAACAAGAGUUUAAAGUUGCAUUGUCUUUCAAACAUUUACAUCAUUGUUUUCUCUGAAUGCAUGACAACACCAGAUCUGUAGAGUAACUUUAACCCUGCAGGAUUUCUUUAAAGUCUUGACAUGUUCUUUGUUUGAGCAUGUUACCACUAUAUUAUGAAUCCUGCCUUAAAACCAGAAAGAUAAGCAAAAAUCAAAGGAUCAAAAAUUAUCAAUCGUUCCUCCAGAUACCUGUCAUUCUUGUUUGUUUCAUUGUGGCAUUGCAUAAUGAAAGUGCACCCUUCAAGUUAUCAAAAACAUUGCAGUGAUUGAAAAUGGGAAGAAAUUUAAAAUACACAGUUUGUGUUGGAACAUCUAAUACCCAUCUUUGUGAUUCUUGAUUAAACACACAAAUGUGGAGGUUGUAUACUAAGAGAUCCUGAUAUCUUAGCUAGGCUUUUAAUUUAAUUGUUUUUUUUUU